AUGAAAUGUGGAAGGAGGACGGUACAACAGCCGCUGAUAAGAGGCGGGAAUUCGUCGACCAUAGGAGCGUGGCCCUGGCAGGCUGCCAUUUAUGAUGUGAAGAGGAAAGAUCUCAUUUGCGGAGGGGCUCUCAUCCGGAAGCAAUGGGUGUUGACUGCCGCUCAUUGUAUCACUGUCGUUGGAACCGUCAAUGCCCGGGAGUCCAUGGAUUUUCUAGUCUACCUUGGGAAGCAUUUUCGAGAUAAUUCCAAGGACGAUGAAUCGGUGCAGAUCAAAAAGGUUACUGAUUGGGGUUUGAAUGGCUCUGAUUAUCCGUCCGUCCUGACGGAGGUGGAACUCUCGAUCAUUUCCAAUCACCUUUGUCGUCUAUACGAUAUUCAGCGAACAGGAAAACUCGACUUCGCAGGAGGAAUCACGUCAAACAUGUUCUGCGCCGGUCAUCACACAAAUACUGCCCUUAAAGCGGGAGAAGACAAAUUGUCGCCGGACAAAAUAUCGCGGACAUAAUGUCUUUAGCCUGUCGCCAGGAAAAUAUGUCUCCACUGAAAAAAUAGUGGUUCUGGUAUUUCAUACGCAUAUGACUGGAGGUUGAACUGGGAUAGGCAUUGGGAGGAAGUUUCCUUCAGGAAAAAGCUGAGUACCGAGUACAAGCUAAUAUUAUUCAUC